GACAAAAUGGAGCAAUUUUAUUUCUAUGUUCCAGGACUUCGUCACUGGUCUCAGCAUACUAUCUCGUGGUUCCAUCGACGAGAAACUACGGUGGACGUUCUCGCUUUAUGAUAUCAACGGCGAUGGCUGUAUCACGAGAGAAGAGAUGACCGACAUCGUGACGGCUGUAUACGAGUUAAUGGGAAAAUUCGCUGAUCCAAAUUUGGAUCACCAGGGUGUGCGCGAAAAAGUGGAUAGGAUGUUCCAGAAGAUGGACGGUAACCGAGACGGCGUGGUGACAUUGUCCGAAUUUUUGGAAGCGUGUCGCGCCGACCCGGACAUCUCAACGAGUAUGGCGGCUUUGGACACGGCCUUCUGACACUCGGCGCGAUCACGAUACAUGCCAUGGACCUGAAGAGAUUCUACCGAUUUGUAGGAAUAAACUCAACGCUCAACGUUGUAUUUUGUCUCCUGGACCAGAGACAGGAGCAACCUGCCUGAUGGUGUAUUGCGGAGAUCUUGAAAGAUAGGUUCGCGUUUACGUAUGCAAUUUCUCGGGAUCUAUUGAAGCGGAGGGCAACGUUAUUUCUUGUAACUUGUCCAAACAUGGUCGAGGUCGUAGUUACGUUAAACGAUCCGAGACUUGACAUUGGGAUGUCGCUUUUGCUGAGAAUAUUCCAACGUGAAACGAUAAUCCUGUAAAUUGAAGAUCAUACGAAAUGGUCCUAAGAAUAGUGAUUGUCCUAUCGAGGUUCGUAGUUCUAGUUAUCUAGUAUGCGUAUCGCUAGAUGAGAAAGGAUUAGAUGAAAGAAGAUUAAGCAAAGUAUAUAUGUAAUAUAUAUAUACACACAUAUAUAUGUGUAUAUAUAUUACAAGAAGAAUAAUAAUAAUACCGAACACAGAAGAAUGAUAUAACAUGAUUGUUAGUAGUUAGGACUGGAAAUUGUUGACGAACUGUUUCCAAUAGUUCGUUUUUAAAAAACGCGCGCUACAAACGAUGAACGAAUAUUGAAAUUUAGGGGAAGAAAGCGUAAUUAACAAAUGAAAGAUGUUAUUCGUAACAAUGAAACAGGAUAGAUAAAACUUACUUUAAUACGUGGAAGUUGGUUUUUAUUGCGAAGAAAGCGAGUCAGUCAUAGAGCACAGUACGUCUUAGAGAAGGUGAAGAAAAUCUUUGCAGGGCAGUUUAGGAUGUGAAGAAAUAAAAUGUGCCAUUGGGAGUUGACGUAAAUUGUACGUGGCAUUGUUCGUGCCAAAGUGUAGUUCCAUAAAGAAGUAUGAAGCACAAAUUUUUGAAAUACUUCUGUGAAAAUAAUUGAGCUUAGCUUAAUAUUAUUAUUCUCAUUUCCGUCUUUUUUUAA